UGUACGUUGCGCCGUUCAUCUCGGAAGUCCCUCUGUCAUUCAUGCGGGUCCCCCUGCACGAGAAUAUCCCGCUGUCCCGGGAGGAGCAGGUCAGGAUAUUGGGCCUGUACCAUGGCAGCGAGCUUCUGGACCGUCUCGACUUCAGCCUGGUCGGCGGCCCGCUGGGGGACAACGAGGAGACUCUCCCUCCCAACGGGGACAACUUCCUCAGCUGGUUGGAUCAGCAAGACGCGCUGUGGAACCUCAUUGAGUCUCGGAAGGCUGCUGGGCAGGGCGUUGGUGAUGCUUCCGAGCCCAUCAAGAUCGGCGUAGUCACGCAUUCGCAUUUCAUGAUGAAGAAGAACCUGCUGCGCCUGGACACGAGGCCCCGCAACGCCGACAUUUGGAUCGCGAAGGCGUACGCGAUGCGCACUGGGGCCGAGCCAUGGCUGACCCUGACAAAUGUACGAGGCUGGUAUCAAGAGGCGAAAGAAUUCGAAAGGGAAAAGAUGGGUGCUCUGUUGCACAAGGCCGAAGAGAAGUCGAGGAGACUCCAGAGGAGGUACGCGAAGAAGAUUGCUAGCUUGCAGAAGAAGCUAGCCGAGCGCGAGGAACGAUACAGGAAGAGGGGGAAGGACGUGGACCCCGAGGAGAGGCAGAAGGCAGCGGAGAAGGAGGUGCAAUUCAACGAAAAGAUGGCCCAGGACCAGACCAAGCUGGAGUCAGAGAUCGCCCGGCUGCAGCAGGAGGUCGCGUCAUUGCAGCAGCCUGCUGAUAGCCCCCUGGCGACGAACCCAGACCCUCCGCCCUAG